UAUCUCUUUAAUCCUUUAUUAUUUUUAUGUUUAUUUUAUAAUUUAGUAAGAUUAAGGUGGUUAAGAUUAUUUAGUACUAUGUACUUACGUAUCACGGAAAUGUUGUUAGAUAUUACAGCUUAGAGUGAAACGUAAAUAGAUUACGUACUAAACUAUUUGUUUUUUCUACGAUUAUAACACAGCGAUAGCCUUUAAUAACCUUUGCAAAUAUAUUUUGAAUACAGGAAAAACCUAACUCUUUUAGAAGUAUAUAUAUUAACUAGCGAUAUGUGAAUUGUGAAGACAUGCAAACGAUGCUACUAACUGUAUCUAUACUUGUGAUUUUAAAUAUUUGCGUGUCUAAUGCAGAAUAUAAAGUGGAGUGCAAUAAUGAGACGUCAAAGCUUACGUUUUUACCAUUUAAUGGUAGUGUGGAUGGACGUUAUGUACUUAAAUGGUGUACACAAGGUGAUGAACAGGUGACUAAAUGGGAGAUGGUGCUGCGAUACGACGAGCGCCAUAAACCUGAACUCUGCAAGCACAAUAUUCAGAAACCAUUGUAUCCAGUGCAUUCACGGUUUCGAGAGAAUAUUGAAUUCAACUUGAACUGCACAAAUGUGAGAUUGUUCUUCCACUAUGUCAAAUAAUGAAAACAUUAUAUAGGUUUGCUUUACAAAACAUCUGGAUUUAAUAUUUACAGAUGCUUGUUACCACAUCAAAACUUUACUUUUUAGAGGUACAAAAAGCUCCAGACCACAGGAUGUGUCUUUCUAUGUUAAGAACCUGCACACUAAAGAGCAUUUCACAGAAAGUGAAACUAAAGCAGAUACCCAAAGUCAUGAAGAUCACUUGACAGCACUAUGGUCGCUGGGCUACAUCCCAGCAACGGAUUUCCAAAUGCAACUGUGUACAAUCAACAAUAUUACUAUGGCCGAGAAUUGCUCAUACGACAUAACAAAUGAGUGCAGCGUCAAGGGCUCGCGCCAGAGCAGCAUAUACUGCGACAUGUCUGUCCCGUUCGGCCACUACAUGAUGCGGCUCACUCACCUGGCGCCGUGGGUCGCAGGGGACAAGCUGUUCCACGCUCUCAAGAGCAUCGUCGUUGAAGUGGACCAUACUGCGCCGAGCUCGAUAGAGCUAUGGAUGGAGCGGGCUGGUGGUGGGUUUGAGUGGUGGUGGGGGCUGGGCGGCGCAGGGGCCCUGGUGAUGGUGGGGCUGGCGGUAGGGUCCCUCGCGCUCAGCUCGCGGAAACGACGCCAGAAGCUGUGGAGCCACUGGCCAGAGACUGACAAGUCACUUGAGCGGGAGGCGGGCGGCGCCAUCUUGUUGCUGUACGCACGUGACUGUCCGUUGCUGAUGCGCGCGGCUGCCGAGCUACGCUCCGUGCUUCGCUGGGCUUCGCGGGGCAGCCCCGUGUACGACAUGUUCGCGGCGGACACGUGGCGGGAGAUCGCGGCCGCCAGCGGCACGUGGGUCGCCCGCGCCGUGGCCGCGCCGCACGUGCGGCUCGUGCUGCUGCAGACACCCGCCGCCCGCCUGCUGUACGCCCCGCCCCCCGCGCAGCACCUGAAGCAACCGCUGCUCGGCCGAUCGGUGGUGUACCGGCGACCGCACGCUGCCGACGAGUUAGUGCGCGUCGCUCUGCGAACGGUGCACGAGGUCCUGCCGCUGCGCUCGCACGAAUUGCCCCACUACCGCAAGUGCUACAAGUGCAUCAUCCCGGGGUUGGAGGCGGACGUGGCGCCCACCAUCACGCCCUUCCGGGAGUACGAGCUGCCUGGUGACGUGCUGGCGCUGCUCAGUGACCUGGAGCCCGCGCUGCUGCCGCCCGCCGGAGACUCCGCCCCGCGGGCGCCGCCCCCGCCCGCGCUGUGCGCCGCACUCGACCGCCUGGCGGCCGCGCUCCACGACCUGCGGGCUUACGUGGCCGACCACCCGGACUACUUGGAUGACGAACUUAUUCAUCUGAGUGAAAGUGAAUGAGUGGAUGUUGUGCUAGCUUGAGCUAGGAACGAAUCAGACAAUUGUUGAGAACGCAGGCCGUUGUGUUGACAUACCGUGUUAGCAGACUGUGUUAAGUAACACGUUGAUUUCCUGAACAAAAAAGAAGCUAGCGGUUGGCUUACAUUAACUGGGAGAAAGUCUUUCGUAAAAUCUUUACUAUCGAAUAGCAGAUGAAAUAAUUUUGAAACAUUACUCGAGCUUUUACAGAUGGGUACGAAUUGCAUUCUAUUUACACUGAUUUUUCCGAGGCGUUUGAUGUGGUUGACCACGAACUGCUUAUUGAAAAACUUGAUCACGCCGGAAUUUGUGGCUCUCUAGUACAGUGGUGCGAAUCCUAUUUGCAGAACCGUUCCUAGAUUGUAAAGAUCAAGAAUCAUGCCAUCAGGGGUUCCACAGGGCUCCUAUUUAGGGCCCGAUUUUUUCUUGGUCUUUGUAAACGAUUUCAAAUGUUUGCAGACGACUUGAAAAAUUUAUCGAGAAAUUAGAUCUACAGAAAAUACGAACAUACUACAAAGCGAUCUUGAUUCGAUCCGCGAUUGAUGCAUUUGUAAUAGGAUGGUCUUAAAAUGUUUUUGCUUAAACAUUUCUCGAAAACAAAAUUCUUCACGACAACUUCAUAAAUGCUUGUCCGCUAACAGGAAUUUUUACAAUACGUGAUUUAGGCGUCAUGGUUGACACAAAAUUAGAUUUUAGGGAGCACAUUGACUACAUUUCCAAUGAGGCAUCUCGUCUUUCAGGUUUUGUAAUCUAAAUUUUCCAUAGACUUGUGUCCACAUAGAUACUUUAUUAACUGCUAUGUGAGUAGUAUUUUAGAAUAUUGCAGUCCGAUGUGGAACCCUUCUUACAAAGUUCAUAUUAAGAGGUUAGAACAGGUGCGGUCGAAAUUUUUAUAUCACCUCUCUCUCUCUCUUUUAUAUUCAAGUAAUCUUUGCUAACAGUUAGACUGCUACGAAUCUAGACUUGUGUAUUUUGACAUGACGCCGCUUGUACAGCGUAGGAUAAUUUUAGAACGUAACUUUUUACAUAAACUUAUUCAUGUCCUCAUAGACAGUCCUCUAUUAUUAAGUAAAAUUAAAUUGACUGUCCCACGGUCCUGCAGCCGUACUAAUAGGAAAACGUUCAGUUUACCCAAAACACGUCCAAAUUAUUUGUAUCGCAUUUGUUCUCCGUAUAAUGAACUCUGUCAGGAGAUGGACAUAUUUAAUCUGUCAGGUUUUGAGGACAUCUCCUAGAAAUAGGGAAUUAUUCGUUUGGGGACUGUGUGGUUGAAUUGUGUUCAUCUAUAGAUUAAUUAUUGUUUUUAGUUUUAUAUAAAAUCUAGAACACAUUUAAAAUCAUGCUGUGUUCACUUCCAGAAGGAGGCACUCGCUCCUACAUGUUAACGUAUAUUUCUGUUUCAUACAAUAUUUAGAGUAUAUAUUAUUUAGUGGAACUACUUAAAAAACACUAUUUGAAGGAUCGAUUCUCUUACUGGUUCAUGAUGAAUUAUUUGUCUAUUUAGAUUAUGGUAAUUCAUUAUAAUUAGAUAGAAUGUAAUUUUAUUUCAUUACUUAAAAUAAUUCUUUCAAAUGACAAUAAAAAUUUAAUAAUGUGCUAAUAUACGUUUAAGAAAAAUAGAAAAUCGUUAAAAAAAUCGGAUAAGAUCACCAUCAUUUUGGUUAGAAUUACAUUCUAAAACCACUCACUUUCGCAAUCAUAGAUAGACAAUAAUUAACAAAACAUAAACACCAAAACUACAGUCAUGGACAAAUUUGGAGGAACGCAAAAGAACGUGUGUAAGAUAAAAUAUAUGUAUGUAAUUAAUAAGUAAGAACGUAAGAGCUAUUGAGUAUAAGGACAUGCAUCAAUCAACACACACUGUAUAGUUAUUUAUGUAACUGUUGUGUAAUAAGGGGUAUUAAAACAUGAAUGUGGGUUUAUCACACGAGGCAAGCCGAGUGUGAUAAUAGUAUCACAUGAGUGUUUUAAUACCUAAUUAUCAACAGUUGCAUACAAGACUUUAUCUACACCCAGAAUAUGAAUCCUUUAAAAGAUUCAGAAACAGUUAGCUUACUGCUAACAUUAAAACAGCCAGUCCUAGUAGUAACUUAAUAUCAUCCAUUACUGAUUUUAUACAAAUAAACUAAGUGUUAAUGAAAUACUUAAUUAUGUAUUUAUUUUAGUAGUAAUUUACAUUUUGUAUUGUGCAAUUAUUAAAAUUCACUUGAAUAUUAUGUUCUUUUGCAGCGUUUAAAAUAUCCGGCGGUGUGCUGUCAAAACUUCAAUCGCUCAUUUUUUCAAGAAAAAUGGCGGGGUUUCGAAUAACCUACUUUUUUUUUACGGCGCGCCAGGUUUUGGUAGUGUGGAACGCGCGUAAACUUAAAUGUUCUUUUUUUGAAAUUCAUACAGAUACCACGCAUCGAGCAAUAAGAAUGUGGCUGUUUGUUGAUACUCUUUGCGCAUGAAGGGAUCGAAAAAAAAAUCAAGGAGUGUUGUUAUGAAAUUCAGUACAACAUUACAUCACUCAUUUGGAUGAUGUAAUGGUUAUUAGGACAUUGGGUGUUUUAAUGUUGGCAAUAAGCUAACUGCUUUAGAAUCUUUAAUAGAGGAUUUAAAGCAUGGGUAUAGAUAAAUGCCAUUUAGUCUAUUGUAUUCACAAAUUGAGGAUUCCUUCGCUUUGAUACUUCCAUAGUCGACGUUAGUUAGAUAUAAGCCUCCCAGACUUGUUACUCUCAAAAGUGCCACAUAAGUUUGCCACAAACACUAAAUAUGGGAUGAGGAUUCCUGCGCCUUAAUAUUUCCAAAGUCGACAUUAACAAGAUGUAAGCCGCCGAGACUUUUAUUUAUUUAUUUAUUGACACACCAACAGCAUUACAUACAAAACAUUAAAAAUAAUUAUGGUCUAAUAGGUUUAUAAUCUGGUACGAAUGCCAGUUACUGGUGCAUACACCACUCUCAUUGCAAGACAUUAAUUUAAAUACAAAAUACAGUUCGACCUACAAAUUUAACAAGGAUUUUAAGCAAAUUACUAACAAUAUUAGAUACAAUAUUACGAAGAAAUAGUUUGUAUGAAUAUCAACUAACAUAUUAUUAUUAUUUACAAACAGAAAUGUGCGGUUAGUUUUUUUUUUUUCCAGACUUGUCACUGUGUCAUUAAAAAUAUCAAAAUCUUUUAUGGACGCGGAAAAUCGAUUGUACUCAGAACACAUCCCUGAUACUGGAGAAUGUUUAAGGGCAUUUGUCCUACUUACUGGUUCCACAAGUAUGUUAGUAAUCGGAUUUCGUGGAUAUCUAUACGGGAUUUUGAAACUCUAUGUCUGCUAAAAGUGCCUUAGAGUUUUGAUGAUUGGUCAGUGACAAAAAAACUUAACAUUAAGAAACUUUGAUUAGUUAUAAUUCUUAUACUUCUGGUUUAAAUUGAAUGAAAUGUUUGCUGAUUCUUACAGAUACUGAAAAUACAGGCUAGUUUUAUCUUUACUUUAGUUUUAUCCACAAAAAAGUUAUAGGCGGUUGAAAAUGGUCUGAACUGCUUCGAGAAAAGGAUACUACGGUCGUUUAGAGUGAAUGACAUCACAGCUAUUAUUAAUAAUAUUACAUGUUUUCAUUCAUUUAUGUGUAUUUAAUUAGUUUUCAUAAGUUCUCACGUGUCAAUCGUAUCAAAGAGAUGCGAAAAAUGUAAUAAUUUCCGUUCCAUCUUAUUUAAUUGCUGAAUUAAAGUUAUUGUUAUACAUUUUGUACAUGGUGCGGAUUACUCUAUUCAACUGCUUAAUAUAUUUUAAUAUCACAGCAGUUUUAUUAAUUUAUUUAUAUAAUUUUAUGACUUAGAAACCAUGUCGUAUUUUAUGUUUCCACCUUGUGUUAUAGCUUUAAAAUGUACUACAGACAGUUAGUUAUUAUCUUAAUUAUGAGAUCUACUUAAAUGUUAUCUAUGGAACAGCUACCUGUUGUUUAUUUUAUCACAACCAAGUCGUUCAGAGAACUUGUCUUUGCACAAAUGAACGACUACUUGUUGUAUCAAGGUGCGCCAAUUUACUGCCACCACAUGUUAUGUUUAAAUACAUUCUUAUUAUUGUA